GUCCCGUUAAAGAGCGACAUCUGCGUCAUGUGACGGCGGACGGACUGGGAGAUGAAGAUGGCGCAGCACCGGCGCUAAGGUCUCCCAUUUACACCGUUAAAAAUAACGGAAAUUCGUAUCGAUUGCGCGGAAACGAACCCCGCGCGCGCACGCGACUCGAGAACCGCUCAAGGUUAGUUUGUCCUCGCGCUGUUCCGCCGGAUUCCUGCGUUAAAUCACGACUGCCCGAGUCAAUGAAAUAAAUAAAUGAUCGUCUCCAUCAGAUGUUGCUGCCGCCGCAUCCAUAACGGGAAAUUCGGACGCACGGAUGGGAAACCUGAGCUGACGUGUGAAAGAUGUCGAUUGUUUGGCGAAACACACGGCUGUGACAUAAACACGUCUGAUCGUCGGCUUCAACUUUAAUGUGUCAUCGUACAUGACAUUUAACUCAAACUCUGCUGAUAUCUUGGUUAUUUUACCGGGAUCAUGUGGACACCAACCGAGGACGAGAAAAUCGGAGUGGUGGUCUGUAGCUUCCGUGGAUCUGUGUCACAUGGUCUGACACUAGAGCUCGGAGAAACGGUUCAGAUCCUGGAAAAGUGCGAGGGAUGGUAUCGAGGAUUUUCCACCAAGAAACCUUCAAUCAAGGGGAUCUUCCCGACUGGUUACGUCCACUUAAAGAAGGCCGUCGUCAGUAACAGGGGGCAGUAUGAGACGGUGGUCCCUCUGGAAGACCCCAUCAUUACAGAGGUCACCUCAACUCUGCAGGAGUGGUCAGUCCUCUGGAAGCAGCUCUAUGUGAAGCAUAAAGUGAACCUUUUUUACAAGCUUCGUCACGUGAUGAACGAGUUGAUUGAUCUGAGGCGACAACUGCUUUCAGGCCACCUGACCCAAGAUCAAGUCCGCGAGGUCAAACGACACAUCACUGUACGACUGGACUGGGGCAAUGAACAUUUAGGCUUAGAUCUGGUGCCCAGGAAGGAGUUCGAGAUGGUCGAUGCGGAUCAGAUCAGCGUUUCUGAUCUUUACAAAAUGCACCUCUCCAGCAGACACAGCGUCCAGCAAAGCACAUCACAGGAUGGCGGAAGACAAAGACAUGGGGAAACAUGUCGAAUGCCUGUGCCGCAUCAUCUCUUUGUCAACCUGAAGAGCUUCACGUACAACACUAUCGGCGAGGACACGGACAUCUUCUUCUCUCUGUAUGACCUCAGAGAGGGCAAGCAAAUCAGUGAGAAGUUUAUGGUCAAACUCAACAAAAAUGGUGGCCCGAAAAACCCGGAGAAGGUCGACCGCCUUUGCGCACUCUUUACGGACUUGAGCAACAAGGACAUGAAGAGAGAUCUGUACAUUGUGUCUCAGGUCAUCAGGACGGGACGGAUGUUGUUAAAUGACUCAAAGAAGGGCCCUCCUCACGUCCAGUAUCGGCGGCCGUAUGGAUGCGCAGUUCUGGCCAUGAGCGACGUCUUACAAACCAUCUCUGAACUCAAAGAGGAGAAAGACUUUGUGCUCAAAGUUUACACGUGUAAUAAUGAAAACGAGUGGUACCAGAUUCAUGAGAACAUUAUCCGCAAGUCCAGCACCAAAUACACCGCUCCCAGCACCAACUACGGUCUGAUCAUCUCACUGCAGCUGUUGAGAGGCGACAUGGAGCAAGUGCGCAGGGAAAACCCCAUGAUAUUCAACCGUGGCGUCGCCAUCACACGAAAACUGGGCUUCCCUGAUGUGAUCAUGCCAGGUGACAUUCGCAAUGACCUCUACCUCACGCUGGAGAGAGGAGACUUUGAGAGAGGAGGAAAAAGUGUUCAGAAGAACAUCGAGGUCACCAUGUAUGUGCUGUACGCUGACGGCGAGAUCCUCAAAGAGUGUAUUAGUCUGGGCUCAGGAGAACACAACAUCAGUGAGUACCGCUCUUUCGUACUCUACCACAACAACAGUCCUCGCUGGAGUGAAGUCGUCAAACUUCCCAUCCCUAUCGACCGAUUCCGGGGUUCCCAUCUGCGCUUUGAGUUCAGACACUGUUCAACAAAAGAUAAAGGAGAAAAGAAGCUUUUUGGGUUUGCAUUUACACCUCUGAUGAGGGAAGACGGCACAACACUGUCUGAUGAGAGUCAUGAGCUUUACGUCUACAAGUGUGAUGAAAACACCACCUUCAGUAACCACGCGCUGUACCUGGGCCUGCCCUGCUGUAAAGAUGACUUCAACGGCUGCCCGAACAUCCCGUCCAGCCUCAUAUUCCAGCGCAGCACGAAGGAAACCCUCUGGAUAUCAACACAACUCUCUUCCACCAAACUAACACAGAAUGUGGAUCUGCUAGCUCUACUGAAGUGGAAAGCACAUCCAGACCACGUGAUGGACAUUUUGGGGCGGUUGCGUCACGUCUGUGGAGAAGAAAUCGUCAAAUUUCUUCAAGACAUCCUCGACACGUUGUUCUCCAUUCUGGAUGACAAUACGGACAAAUAUGGCCCUCUGGUGUUUCAGUCGCUGGUGUUUAUCAUCAAUCUGCUCCGGGACAGUAAGUUUUAUCAUUUCCGGCCUGUGAUGGACACCUACAUCCAGAAGCAUUUUGCUGGAGCCCUUGCUUACAAAGAGCUGAUUCGCUGUCUGAAGUGGUAUAUGGAUCGCUCAGCAGAAGUUGUGCGACAGGAUCACAUCCAGGAAGCCAUGAGGGCUUUAGAGUACCUCUUUAAAUUCAUCGUCCAGUCGCGGAUCCUCUACUCUCGGGCCACCUGCGGGAUGGAGGAAGACCAGUUUCGAGCCAGCAUACAGGAGCUUUUCCAGUCCAUCCGUUUUGUUCUCAGCCUGGACAGCCGCAGCUCUGAGACCCUCAUUUUCACCCAGGGUCCCCAGGCAACUACAGGACAAGCCUCUACCAACCAGGGCAACUGCUUGCAGCCGUUGAGCUGUAAUGCCCCACGGCCCUCUCCUCUGUCUGCUGCCCUGCUCAACUCAUUCCCAGCCAUUUUUGACGAGCUCCUACAGAUGUUCACAGUGCAGGAAGUAGCAGAGUUUGUGAGGGGAACUCUGGGCAGCAUGCCUAGUACAGUUCACAUUGGACAGUCCAUGGAUGUGGUCAAGCUGCAGUCCAUUGCUCGAACUGUGGAUAGCAGACUUUUCUCUUUUCCAGAAUCAAGGAGAAUUCUCCUUCCUGUUGUUCUCCACCACAUUCAUCUGCAUCUGCGGCAACAGAAGGAGCUUCUCAUCUGUUCAGGAAUCCUGAGCAGCAUUUUCUCCAUUAUUAAGAGCAGCUCACUGGAGAGCUCUGUGCAGGAGGAGGUGGAGAUGAUGGUGGAGAGUUUGUUGGAUGUGUUGUUGCAGACACUGUUGGCCAUCAUGAGUAAAUCUCAGUCUCAGGAGGCGGUAAGAGGACAGCGCUGUCCACAGUGCACGGCUGAGAUCACUGGAGAGUAUGUGUCCUGCCUGCUGUCUCUCCUGCGCCAAAUGUCGGACAUUCACUUUCAACACCUGCUGGACAACUUCCAGAGCAAAGAGGAGCUGAAGGAGUUUCUGCUGAAGAUUUUCUGUGUGUUCAGAAACCUGAUGAAGCUCAGUAUUUUCCCACGUGACUGGAACGUCAUGCGACUGCUGACCAGCAAUAUCAUCGUGAGCACAACUCAGUAUCUGUCGCCUGCUCUCCAUAAAAGCUUUACAGAUGCUGACUUCGAUUUUAAGGUGUGGAACUCGUACUUCAGUCUGGCUGUGCUAUUUAUCAACCAGCCUAGUCUACAGCUGGAGACUCUGACACCGGCCAAGCGGAAGAAGGUCUUUGACAAGUAUGGUGACAUGAGGGUCAUGAUGGCUUACGAGCUGUUCAGCAUGUGGCAGAAUUUGGGUGAGAAUAAGAUCCACUUCAUACCAGGAAUGAUCGGCCCCUUUUUGGGUGUGACGCUUGUACCGCAAAACGAAGUCCGAAAUAUAAUGAUCCCCAUCUUCCACGAUAUGAUGGACUGGGAACAGAGAAAGAACGGCAACUUCAAACAGGUGGAGGCGGAACUGAUAGACAAACUGGACAGUCUGGUGUCUGAGGGCAAAGGAGACGAGAAUUACAGAGAGCUCUUCAGUUUGCUAACUCAGCUGUUUGGGCCGUACCCCAGUCUGCUGGAGAAGAUCGAGCAGGAGACCUGGAGGGAGACAGGCAUCUCCUUUGUCACGUCUGUCACGCGCCUCAUGGAGCGACUGCUGGAUUACAGAGAUUGCAUGAAAGGUGAUGAGACGGAAAACAAGAAGAUCGGUUGCACGGUCAACCUGCUGAAUUUCUACAAGUCGGAGAUCAAUAAGGAGGAGAUGUACAUCCGAUACAUUCAUAAGCUGUGUGACAUGCACCUGCAGGCGGAAAACUACACAGAGGCGGCGUUCACCCUGCUGCUGUACUGGGAGCUGCUCCACUGGGAGGAAAGACCCCUCCGAGAGUUCCUGCAUUAUCCAGCGCAGAGCGAAUGGCAUCGCAAAGAGGGUCUCUGUCGUAAGGUCAUCCACUACUUCAACAAAGGAAAGUGUUGGGAGUAUGGCAUCCCGCUGUGCCGAGAACUAGCCUUUCAGUACGAGUCCCUGUACGAUUAUCAGAGUCUCAGCUGGAUACGGAAAAUGGAGGCGGCAUAUUAUGACAACAUCAUGGAGCAGCAGCGACUGGAGCCCGAGUUCUUCAGGGUGGGGUUUUAUGGGCGGAAGUUCCCUUUUUUCCUCAGGAAUAAGGAGUUUGUUUGUCGGGGUCAUGACUAUGAAAGGCUUGAAGCCUUUCAGCAAAGAAUGCUGGGGGAAUUUCCUCAAGCCAUCGCCAUGCAGCACCCGAAUCAACCAGAUGAGGGCAUUUUACAGGGUGAUGCACAGUACCUCCAGAUCUACGCCGUGUCUGCAGUUCCUGAAAACAUGGACGUUCUUCAGAUGGACCGCGUGCCCGACCGCAUCAAGAGCUUUUACAGAGUCAACAACGUCCGACGAUUCAGAUAUGACCGACCAUUCCACAAGGGUCCUAAAGACCGGGAGAAUGAGUUCAAGAGUCUAUGGAUCGAGCGAACCACACUAAUCCUCACCCACCCUCUGCCCGGCAUAUCCCGCUGGUUUGAAGUGGACAAGCGAGAGCUGGUGGAGGUCAGUCCACUGGAAAACGCCAUUUAUGUGGUGGAGAACAAGAACCAAGAGCUGCGCACCCUGAUCAGUCAAUACCAGCACAAACAGCUGCACGGAAACAUCAACCUGCUCAGCAUGUGCCUGAACGGCGUAAUCGACGCCGCCGUCAACGGAGGAAUCGCCAGAUACCAGGAGGCAUUCUUUGAUAAAGAGUACAUUAGCAGUCACCCUGAGGAUACGGAGAAGAUCACCCAACUCAAGGACCUGAUGCAAGAACAGGUUCACGUCCUCGGUGUGGGUUUGGCCGUCCAUGAGAAACUGGUGCACCCAGAGAUGCGCCCCCUGCACAAGAAGCUGAUUGAUCAGUUCCAGAUGAUGAGGAGCAGUCUUUGUCAUUGUUUCUAUGUGGCCCUGCAGGGCCUGCCGGGUCUGGAUAAGCUGAGUCCGGCCUGCUCUGGAGCGAGUACUCCACGCGGAAUCCUUGCCACACACAGUCCUAUGAGUCCUGAGAGUAUCAAACUCAUGCACCGACACAGCCCUCUGAAUGUGUUGGGCUCUGUCCGACAUUCCUCCUCUUCUCUCUCCUCUCACACCUCCAGUGAGACAGGAAACCUCCUCAUCAUGACGGACAGUAUGAUGGAGCACCCAGAGGACCUUUAUCGCAUGCAGCCCAGUCCAUCGUCAUCCAGCUUGAGUUCGACGCAUUCAGCUCCGUCUCAGAUGAUCAACUCAGGGCACGGCAGCAUCAGAGUUGGAUCCCCAUCACUACCUGACAGAUACAGACACAAUCGGGAGAUGUUGAUGCUUCUGCCACCGCACAGGGAUCGGCCCAGUAGUGCCAUGUACCCCAAUAUAACUGAGAAUGGACAGGUGCCUACUAAUCAUCAGAGGGCUCUGUAUCAUCAAGUCAUUGGUCCCUGCAAACCUUGCAGUGACCCCAAUCUUUCGGUGGCUGAUAAAGUGUUGUCGGCUCCCAGCAGCUGGAGUUUGGACAGUGGCACCAGAGACACUCUGCCGUUCCUCUCUGCUCAUGUCGGGAGUGUGAUGGCCCCACCUGUUCCCCCUCGCACCCUUCCUCCCGGACACUUCUCGAUGCACUUUGAUGCUUUCCACCACCAGAUCAACGAACUCCCUCCAGCUCUCCCCGCGCGCUCCUUAAGAAAGUCGCCCCUGCACCCUAUACCUGCCUCACCCACCAGUCCACAGUCGGGGCUGGAUGGCAGUAACUCCACCUUAUCCGGCAGCGCCAGCAGUGGUGUCUCCUCCUUGAGUGAGAGCAACUUCGCCCAGUCCUCCUCUGAGCCUCCAGCUCGAGCCGACACCUUGGACUCGAUGCCGAGCAGCCAGGCCUGGACCACAGACACGGAAGAGGCAGAAAGUCCCUAUCUCCCCGUACGCUACAGCGUCUCCGAGCCUGAAGUUCUGGACCCUCUCAAGCCCGCUCCAUGCCGUAGUCACUCAGCCCCGUUGGGUGUAACCCCAGGGAUACCCUCUGAUGGCCACCACCACCAUCACCUCCAUCUCCACCAUCACCACCCACACGCAGUGCACAUCACCCACCCUCACUACCACCACCACGAGCCUGCACCCGCACUGCCUCCCAAACCUUACCUGAGGGAAGGGUGCAUCCCUGAAGAGGACCUGAGGCCAGUUCCGAGGCCUAUGCCACGCAAGAUCUCCCAGCCUUUGCUUACUACCAAGGAGGAACAGGCCAAGGUGGCCUGGGAACAUGGCAUUAGUGAAGAAUAGACGAAGAAUAACCUGGACUGUAAGCUUUGGCAUGAUUUGUGGCAGGAUUUUGGGAAAGUCCCCAAAAAUUAUUCAUUUGAACCUUCUCUGCUCCCAGUAUACCCAGUGUAGGUCUUUUCAACCUUUUAAGAAGUGCUUGCCAUGUUACAGAGCUUCUACAUGCUAGUGAGAUGUUUUGUUUUGUUUUGCGCUUAGUGGUUGUUGGUUGGGAGUUGCACAGGAUCCUUGAAUUCAAACUGCUUGUAGAGCCCAAAUUACUUCCUCUCAUUGGUAUCUUGUUUGGGUUAUGCAGAUAUGAUACGUUGUAAUGGUGCAAAGAGACUUUCAGAUGAACAAGGAAGCACAAAUUGAGAUUUCGAUGGUGUUCAGGUGUAUCAUGUACUCAGAGAUAACACAUGCCAAUUUUCUAACUUCUAGACAUUUCAUUGUGGCCGUUGCAAUAGUGCUAACUGACAUCCUACACUUUCAAAAUGAGCUUAUUUGUACGGUUAGCACUUAACCUUCGAGCACCAAAAACCUUAGUUUUGCCUUUUUUCUUUCAAAGGAAAUCAUUAUAUACUUUAGAAAGAGCUAAUCUGAGGUUUGUUAAAUAGUGGACACAUUUGAAAUUUCGUUUGACUUACAAUUCACUAGCCCACGUAAUGAUGAACUUUGAAGAUGUUUGAAGAUCUGCUCUUGGACGAAGCAUGCUCAUUUCUCCUGACAGCUUGCUUACAUCCCAAUCCAACGCAAAAGCCUCAGAUGAGGUUUUAUUAACGCUGCGGUUGAUAUAACAUGCUAACACUUCAUCACAGACCUAAAAACACUUAACAGAACGUCUGCUACCUCCUGCGCGGUUGCGGGAAGCUUCUCUUCAGAGAGAAUCUGCACUGAUUUGACAGUAAGAGGCUUUUACAAUCUUCGUAAAGCCUCAUUACACCCACAAUAUUGUCGUGCUGCGAAAGCAAAUCAACCACUCUCAACGCUACUACCCCGUUACGCUAAUAACACAACAGCCAAAGCGCUGUUAAAUCAAAGCCAUUUCACAGAUGUCUCCUCACAGUAAAGCGGCUUUUGGUCUCAGCAGGUUCCUUUGGGAAUUGAUUUCCGUUCCUCUGCGUUGACAGUUUUCAUAAAGAAGUAUAUAUUUUUAGAUAGAGCUGUUAUAAAAUUCCAAGACUUUAAUAUAAUUGUAUAGUAAAGAAAAAUUGCAAAAAGAGUUCGAAUAAAUACAGCUUAGAUUAUAUCAUACAAUAUAUUGCUAUGAAAGAUUAUAUCACACAUUUUUAAAGGUGAAAAGGUUUCAUGGCUGUGUUUUAUGUCGUGAGUUGAGUGGCUUACAGCUACUGAUGGAUGCAAAUUCGGUACCUGAUGGUGUUUGCAUAUUUACGUCUAAUGACUUGAAAGUUAACGUUAUUUAAAAGCUAAUUUUUAUGUGCAAUGUGCAUGUUCUCUUCAAUAGUGGUGAAUAUUACCCUGCAUCACUUGAAGGGAGGGUCUGGUAGAGAUAUUGUUUUUAUUGUAUAUCUACACAUCUUCAUCGUGUCACAAUAAACGUAAUUAAAUCGCAUUUCAGAUAUUGUGUCAGACAGACCAGAAUCUGCUGAUCAAUUAUCGACACUUUCAAUGGAAAUCAAAAUUGCACGAAAGUCAACUUUCAACGGAAAGUUAAAAUGAAGUCUAGUAACGCCCCGCCCACGGUGAAACAUCAUUGGUUCAGAAUUUUGAGCUACAUGAUUGUGUUGAACAUCAUAUAAAUUGUCGUAAAAUUUAUUUAUAUCACUUUUUGUAACAAAUUUCACAAAUAAAAUAUCGCAAAUUAUCACAAGAAACGUAAGUAUAUCGCAUUUAGAGAAACAAAUAUCUGCUGUCUAAUAGUAAUGACAUUUUCAAUGGAAAGCAAUAAUAAAUAUCUAGUAAAGCCCUGCCCCCACUGAAACCUCAUAGGAUUCAAAUAAAUUUCGCAAUUAAAAUAAUCGCAAAUUAUCUCAAGAAACGUAAUUAUAGCACAUUUCAAAUAUUGUGUCACACAGACAAGAAUCUGCUUACAGAUUGUUGACAUUUUCAAUGGAAAUCAAAAAUUGAUGUCUAGUAAAGCCCCACCCACAGUGAAAUCAUAAUACAUUUUUAAUCAUAAUUUUGUUGAACAUCGAAUGAAUUGUCAUAAAGUUAAUUAUACCACAUAUUGUAACAAAUUUCGCAAUUAAAAUAUCACAAAUUAUCACUUGAAGCGCAUUCAGAAAAACAAAUAUGCACUGUCCAAUAGUAAUGACAUUUUCAACAGAAAGCAAAAAUGAACGUCUAGUAAAGUCCUUAUUGGUUCAAAAUUUGUAUCUAUAUAAUUUUCAUCUAUAUAAACAUCAAAUAAAUUGUCAUAAGAAACUUAAUUAUACCACAUUUUGUAGCAAAUUUCUCAAUUAAAUUAUCGCAAAUGAUCACAAGAAACGUAAUUAUAUCGAAUUUUAAAUAUUGUGUCAGACAAGAAUCUGCUGACCGAUUGUUGACGUUUUUAACGGAAAUCAAAAAUGCAUGUCUAGUAAAGCUCCGACCACAGUGAAUUCUCCUUGGAUUCUGAUCUACAUAAUUUGGUUGAGCUGGUUGGUUUCUGUCUGAAAGUAAAGACAACAGAAAGUAUUUAAAAAAAAGAGUCUAGUUAAGCCCCGCCCACAGUGAAACGGCAUUGGUUCAGAAUUUUGAUCUGCACAAAUAACCCCAAUAUUACCACAUUUUGUAUCAAAGUUUGCAAAUAAAAUAUCGCAAAUUAUCACAAGAAACGUAAUUACAUCGCAUUUAGAAAAACAAAUAUUUGCUGUCUUAUAGUAAUGACGAUUUAUAGUAAUUUUCCACGAAAAGUAAAAAUAAAUGUUUAGUAAAGCUCCGCCCACAGUGAACCCUCAUUGGUUCAGAAUUUUCAUCUACAUAAUUUUGUUGAACAUUAAAUAGUUUCGUAUUGGCUGGGAGUCACACAGAAUUUCCAUGUUUAUUGACAGGCAGAAUAAACGUCACUGGAAUUUUCGUUAAAUUUUUUGAAGUCCACUGUAAACUUUUCUGCCCAAUUACUUUGGCAAUAUAUACUCUAACUAAUGUUAUUUUUUAUACUAUAAUGUGGUUUAAUUUGGUUUUUUAUCAAAUAUGUACUUAAGGCUGCUCAUGGUAUGAACUGUACUUUAACUCCAAAUACUUGAACGUAUAUGAAGGCAAAAAGCAAGUUUUUAGGCACACUUACACAUGUUAAUGUGUGCUUUUUUUGUAAUAUGAAGGCUGUAUUCUUCAUAUGUACAUUGAGAAACGCAUGUUAUCUCAAUAGCUGAUCAUCAUUGAAGGCUUUUCAUGGCCGGAGAAAGCAAAUACACGGUCCUAGCGUAAAUCCAUUACAUUAAAACAUUAUAUGUUUUCUCUUCAUCAGAAUUUACUGUUGGCUUGUACGUGCUUCCUCUUAAAGUAAAACUGUUGGUAUGCAUUUGUAGAUUAUUAUUUAUAAUAUGCAUAUAUAUAUAUAUAUAUAUAUAUAUAUAUAUAUAUAUAUAUAUAUAUAUAUAUAUAUAUAUAUAAUUUUUUUUUUGCUUUACUAAAAUAUGAAGACAUAAAGUGAUGAAGUAGAUGUGUUGUGUCUCUCGGGACAUAGAAAUGCGCUGACUGAAGAGUUAUUAAUCAUUAUUUAUAUGUAAAAUAAGUCAUAUUAAACACCAAGUGAUCAGGGAAGGAACUGGAAUCUAUGCAAAGAUCGAGUGUUAUAUUAGAGAGGGUGUUGAAGUCUAUCUGUGACGGCCCAUUUUUGUGAAUAUCCGCACUGAUCAACUAAUGAAAAGCAUUAAUAUUUAUUGUUUUCAGCGUUUCUUAUUAUGGCUUUCUAGACAUUUUGCAUGUAAAUAUGGACUGACGGAUACUGUGCGUCUCGUAUUCAUUCACUAGCUCUAAUUUUGCUUGCAUAGCUAAGCAAAAAACUACAUAAACCUAUUAUAAUCACGAGUCAUUAAUGCUUUAAAUAAAGGUUUUGGCUCAUUUGGCACAAGCAACCAUGUACAAAUCUUUGAGUGUACAUAUUUUACAUGUUUGAUAUCUCCGCGAAGGUAAGCUGACAGUUUUGGGAUUCAGUUUGAGGGUGACGUUUUAUUUUUUACAUGACAAAAGUUGCCCGGAUCAGCGUUUAAAAUUCAAUACCAGACUUUAGUUCACGUAGACAGCAUUUGUGUGGAUUGCUAAUUAAAUAUUGGGCUUAUUUUCCUGCAUUUUGCUGAAAUGAUUGAUGAUUUGAAUGAGGUUAAAUUUAGGUGGGCAAAUGGAAAAAACAAACCUUCUAUGGUCUGUACAUAUGAAAAAAACUGAGUUAAAAUGGCUACUAAACACUCCUGGCCUGCAUUACAGUUCGUACCACACCAUGUCUGGCUUUAUUUUGUGUAUAUAAUCCUUCAAAAGCUUUGUAUUUAUAUGGUCAAGAGGGACAAAUCAUGUAUAGACUGAGAUUAAUUGUCUGCCUUGUACUUUCUGAUGUAAAUGUGUUUUUAAAACUAAACUAAACUGCGACAAGUGAAAAAAAAAAAGAACAAAAAAAUCUUUCAAUGGCCUAAUCACGCGUUAUUUUGUGUAUUUUGCAUUGGAAUCUGAAGAGCGUUUUGUUUUACCAUGCAGAAAUACAAACACCUUUGUACGAGUAUUCUCAAAAGUAUUUUUUUCUGUAUAUAUUGUGCUAGCAUGACUCAAUGUGGUGUGGAUUUUAGAUGUAAAUACACUCGGUUUUUUUUUUCCUACUCACUUAACCGCUGUGACGUGUAAUUCAUUAAUAAUGCCUAAUAUUAAAGAUAAUGUUUUAUCAACUGA